CGAAAUUGGUUAAAGCCAGAUCGAGAUACGUCUACAUGUGUCAUGCGCUUUCAAAUGCGAAUUUGCAACACUCCGUUAGAUCUAUACAUUAGCAAUUAGUAAUAGAAAUCAAUAAGGGAUUCAAUUUGAAGAACAGAUUGAUGCGCACAUAAGCCGUAUUGGUGCAAGUAUACAAGAUAAAGCGGACGCUGUUGUCCUGUAUGCAACCUAUUCCUGAAGACGAACCAAUUGCUUCCACUUCCGCGGAUACGCGAGUAUCGAAUAAACAGAUACGAGAGAAAUCGAUACAGAUAGCGGAGGAGUUGGACGGGGACGAGGAGAAUGAUGACAACACCUGCUGUCACCGCGCGACCUUCUGCAGCCCGCGGUUACGGGAGAUUCUUGUGACCGACGUGAUCUCCACGUGUUUCGAGCUACAGCUGACAUGGGCGGACCUCUUCUGGCUCGCGACCGUGAGCGGCAUGACCCUGCUGACCUGGGCCGUACUGUACUUCCUGCUGGGCGACAUGGUAUUACCCGGCGGCAGUAUAUUCGGCCUCUUCGUCCUCGCGAUCUUUUCCUACACCCUCGGCUGGACCCUCGCCUGCAUUCCCCGGCUGCAUCUGCCGCCCAUCUUUGGCAUGCUCUUCGCCGGUAUAAUACUACGUAAUACCGACGUCUACGACAUACACGAGAUGAUCGGGCCGGACCCGAUCUCCAAGAUCAGGACCUUCUGCAUGGCCUUCAUCAUGGUACGUGCCGGUCUGCAGCUGACGACGACCGCGCUGAGGGCGCAUCCGGUGUUCGUAAUGAUCCUGGCGCUCGUCCCGUGCACCGUCGAGAUGCUGGCGGUCACCGUUGCGUGCAAAUAUCUCCUUGAAUUCCCAUGGAAUUGGUCCUUCAUGACGGGGACAAUUGUGGCCUGCAUGUCUCCUGUAAUAACGGUAAGCUGUAUGCUCACCUUAGCCGAACAGGGCUACGGCGAAGACAUAGGACUCGCCAGUUUGUUAACUACUGCGACAUCCAUCGACGAUGUCCACAUCGUGUCUGUGUUUUCCAUCUGCUUCUCUUUCGUUUUUAGCAACGAUGACGGGAGAACAGAAUGGUGGUCCUAUAUCCCCGGCGGGAUUCGAGAUUUCCUCCUGGGACUUAUAGUGGGAAUUAUCUUGGGCUUCGCCCUGGUCUUUUUCCCUCAUCGCAAUCACAAAUACGCAACGUGGUAUCGCAUUAGCGGUCUAGCGCUCGCGUCUUUAAUGUGCACCACAGCGGCCUCGAGACUGGCGGUCACAGGUGGAGGAUAUCUCGCUACUAUUAUACUAUCGUUUAUAGCUGUUCGUGGAUGGCGAAUCUUAACGAUUUCGUACGAUACGACGCCUUUUCACAGAGCGUUUUAUUUCCUAUGGCAUUUCGUGCAGCCGAUUUUAGGAGGCGUGAUUGGUGCCGAUAUUGACUUUAGAAACUGGGCUAUGUCCAGAUUCGGACUUUACUUCGCUUGUGUACUUAUAGGAAUAUCUGUGCGCAGUUCUACCGCCUUUUUAACGACGAUCCGAAUGCCUUUUACAUGGAAAGAACGACUAUUUAUCGCCAUAUCUUGGAUACCGAAAGGAACUUUACAGGCAGCAUUAGCGCCGAUGGCAUUUGAGCGUGCCAGAAAAGAAGGCGACCCCACGAAAAUAGAAUUAGCCCUCGAUGUGGUCCGGAUAUCCGUAAUUGCCAUAGUGUUUCUAGCGCCACUCGGGGCAAUCGGCAUGAUGUCUAGCGGUCCCUAUCUGCUGAACAAGAUCAGUGUGGAGGAGCAUCAAAGGGAGCGACAAUUGAGCUACAUGCGCAUUGUCGCUCUGCAACCUUUUAGAAGGCGCAAGAAAACGAAUAGGCCAGCCCAUAGUACCGUUACGACCGUCCCGCCGAUAGAAUCGCCUUUGUAACAUUAAAUGUACUUAUUGUUAGAGCGCGUCGCUUGUUAAAUACAUUGACGUCUUCGAAAAAUGUCGCUUUUAUUUCUUAUGCCGCGGCUAGUAAUUUUUUACAAUAAAAUUUCUGCAAGACUAUUAUAAAAAAUAGAAAUAGAAAAGGC